AUGUUUGCCGUGAUGAUGCGACGUGUGUUGUAUCUUGUGGCUUUGCUUCUCUGUCUUCAAUGCGUGUUUGUGGUGGCGACUGGUGAAACUGUAGGGCCUCCAGCUCCUUCUGGUGAAACACAAUCACCACAAACACAACACGAUGGUGGUGAUGAUUGUUCUACAGGUACUACUGGCACUACUUGUACUACUAGUAGCCGUGCUGCAUCUGGAGUUUCUUCUACUGAUUGUGAGACACUUCCUGAGAAGAACGGGUGCGGUAACCCUGAGCGCAAAACUCAAAGCCAUUGUACUGAUACUUCUGGUGAUAAUUGUCCACACAAUCAACCGGUUCUCACUCAAGCAGGAGAAGAUACCCGUGUAGGAGACGAUCCUCAAGGUGAACGUGGGUCUGAAAAUGCUGAUUCUCCCGGUAGAACAAGUCAAACUGGUACUGGUGGUCCUUCUACUGAUUCUGAACCUCCUAACCGUCCUCCUACUGUUGCUGAACCUGCUGCUCCUGCACCUUCUGAUGAGAGUGUUGCUGCGUCCACAAGUGCAGCUCAACCUGAGACCAACAGCAACAGUGACACAGUUGGCAAUUCAACAAAUGCGGACGCUGACGCAACACAAACGCCUUCAAACACUUCAGACAAAGAGAGCAGCGAUGGUUCUGAAAAUACAAACAGUGUGAGUGUCACUACAUCUGAAGAGAAUGAAUCAAGAAGGACCCAAAAUGAAGAAGGAGCAGAAGGUACAGAAUCAAACUCAACCACCACUACCACAACAACAACACUUCCUCCUGAACUCACAAACAACAAGAAGGGUGAUGCAGACAGCAGCAGCAGUAUCAGCAGUUCUGUGUGUAUGCGUGUACCACUACUGAUUGUGGUUACACUGGCCUGUAUUCUUGUGUGCUGA